AUGCUCUGGGAUAUUUUGAUUACAGAAACACCUGCAAACAUCAAUAAUAAUAAUAAUAUUUUAAAUUAGGAUUACCAUGUUAUCCUACUUCAUGAUUGUGGAGGACAGCACUGUGAGAUCUAUGACCUGGAUACAACACUUCCAUUUCCAUGUCCUUUCGAUACUUACUUGAAAGAAGCCUUCAGAUCUGAAGAUCUCAUCAGACCAGCUUUUAGAAGAAAAAUGAGAGUGCUACGAGCAGAUCUGUACCUGAAGACAUUUGCUUCAGAUCGAUCUCAUAUGAAAGAUGUUAAUGGAACGUGGCGUAUGAUUCCUCCACCAUAUCCUUGUAUUCAAACUUCAGAGUCAAAGAUGAACUUGGAUGAUUUUAUCAGUAUGACUCCUACCAUUGGAUGGGGUGAUGUCUAUACCUUUCCAGAAUUUGUCCAACAAUUUGGAAGUUCAAAAUUAUAAUAUUUAAAAGAAAAAAUCUUCAAAGAUUCCAGUUUUUUAGACCUUGCCCUGUGAGAAGACUGCGUAAGAGAGACAUUAAUAUUCCUCCAAAAAGCAGCAUCCUUGGGUAUUUGAAGUUUCCAAAAUCCUCAAAAUGGACAGUAAAGAGUACGAACAAUGACAAAAAAAUGGAGCUGAGUGAGAGGUGGAUACAAAAGAAAAUCAAAUUCAAACUUGAUACUGGAAAUGAUGAUUCUGUCGACCUCACAAAUCAGAAACAUUGCUCAAGAAUGAAUCCUUAACAUAAGAAGGAGAGAAUGUAAUGAACUGUUUGCAAUAGAUACAUGCUUUAUCUUUAUCCGUAGAGCACAUCAUUGAGCAGACUGUUCCUUCUUACUUUAAUAUUGCAAGAGUAAAGAACACCAAUAAUAUCUGAUGAUUGUGGAAUCCUGCAAAAUAUUGUUAAUCCACAAAGCAAAAUAGUUCAAUAAAAUCAUUUUAAGGCUUAAA